AUGGAGGUCCCCGCACUGGAAGAUUCGAUGGAGAUGGCCUCCCCUUAUCAGGGACAGGCUGAUGACUUUGACAUCGAUAUCGACCUUAUGGAAGACCACGUCUCGAACAUGGACAGCGAUAUGAUGGGAGCAGAUGAUUACCCUAACACGUCACAAGUCUCGCUUUUUAGUGCUGAGGCGAACGAUGAUGCCGAUAUGGCUGAUGACCCUUCUGAAGGAUCCAUGGUUGACACCGAUCUUGUUGACGAGGACCCUGAUAUCGAUGUGCAGUACGAAGAGAAUACGUACGAAGCAGAGAUGCUGGAGGGCGGCCAAGAUGAUGAACUUGCUGCCCCUGUUCCCAGCAUUCACAUCGAAGUACAAGCAGAGACCACUGAGGACAUCCAUAAGCCAAGGGGAAGUCCUUCUAGGAUCGACGAGCUGCAGCACCAGCACGCCCACGAUGGCAACGAGACCUCUCUCCCAGAACAGGUUCCCGUAGCGAAUGAACGACAGGAUACACAGGCUCAAGGCGAUGUGAUUCCUCCUAUCUCUACAGAAGCUCAGAGUGCUCAACCCGGGCAUGCUGAAGGCGACGAGAACGCUGAGUCUCAAGCCAACCUUCCAAACACCGAGCCCCAGGGCACUAAUGAAACCACCGAGAGCAAGACUCCGGCUCCUGAAGACCACCAUGACCACGCUGACGCCUCUGCUGAGGACGUUGAAAAUGUUGACCCUGCACAAGAGGUCAAAUCAAAUGCUUACGAAACUGGAAACGAGGAUGUCGAGCAUCUUGAGACCCAUGGCUCCUCCCACGAGACAGAAGGCCAGGACACUCGUGAGGAGGAUGAGUCCCUCCAUCCAGUGAAGGUUCUCUACCAGGAAGCCGAGAUUUCGCUCUUUCCACCUAUGGAAGGGGACUCAGCCGAGACAUUCUUCCUCCAUGACGAAGAUAUCGCGUACGACAACAUUGGUAAACUGUUUAGCUCUCUCCGUGAAGUGCUUCUGGAUAAUGUUGCCGAGAAUGAUGUCCUGGUUGUUGAUAUCGACUCGCUUGGUAUUCAAUUAACAGAGGACUCCUCGCACACUUCCAAUGUGACUUUACAUCAGAUUUUGAACAUCUACCUUCGACUUAGCCAUAAUGAUGGCAAUGAUGAGCCCGAAGCCUUGUAUCUGACUUUGAGUAGCAGACCAGCUGUUCAUUCUGAACUAGCUGAUCUCGAGACUGCCGCCAAUGAAGGUAAAGGGCUGUCUCAUGUCCACCCCUGGAGCGAUUUUGAGGAUGGAGAAGACCACGAAGAGCCUCAAGUGGCCGAGCAUCCCAUCAAGGAGCCAUCUGGGGAUCGAGAUGGUCAUGAUCUGUCCUUCCACAAAGCUGAAGAACGUUCCCAAGAGCAGGUGGUUUCUAGUGUCGAUGUCGAGUCUGAAGUGCAUGAUGCUAUAAAUAACGAUGCUCCGGACGCUCCCACCGAGGUCAUUCAUGAGUCUGCCUCUGGCGAGCAUGAUGCUCCGGCUGAGUCUGAAACAGGCGCUGCCGAAACACAGCAAGCAGAUGAGACGGAUCAGGCGGAUGAGUAUGCCGAUGAGAACACGCAUGACCAUCAGGAGCAGUACGAGGAGCAAUAUGACUCUGAAGCUCCCAAGACAGAGUCCACAUCUACAGUUGUGCCUGCCUCUGAUCAGGUUGAAAUAAAAGGGUCCACCGUCUCAGCUGAUGCCGCUGAAAUUUCUUUGGAUGAGAAUGAUGCAGACUAUCAAGAUAGCACCAAUCAUCCGGAUGAGGGCAAAGUCUUGGAGGUCCAAGAACAAUUUGAACUGUACGGCCAUGAGGGACAAGAGCAUGAAGAGUACCAAACUGGACUCGCUGUAGAAGAGACAUGUGUCUCUGAGGUCAAUGAUGAAGUUCAUCCGAUCGAUUUUGCUUCAGUCCAGGACGAAGGCGCUUCCAAGGAACCUGAUUCUGCACCUGCCACUCAGGAUGAUUCCGUCGAUGCGUUACACGAUGAUCUUGAUCACCAGUCGAAUAGCCAGUCGGAGUCUACUGUGGAGAACGCUCUUAGGGAGGAAUCUACCACCCAGGAGCAAGCCCCAGAGCCUGAAGACGACCUGCUUGGAAUCGCUGAGGACCUUUUUGAAGGUCCUACCGACGACGCUGAGGACGAUCUCGCCCACAUUGAGAGCGUAUAUUCGGAGCAGGACUUUGAGGAUUAUGAUCCCGAUGCUCCCGUGGGCAUUGACAGUACCGCCGACGACGAUUUGGCCGACGACGGAAACGGCGAAUAUGAUGAGGACUCUUACAACGUCCUUGAAUUCUCGGAACAUGUCGAGCUGGAUGAAGCGGAUCUGGUGCAUACUGACUCCCAAACUCAUGAAAAUCCCUCUAAGCGGUCCCGUGAGGAGGAGGAUGAAUGGGACUUUGAGGAGACCUCAACCCCCGAGGUUAAACGUCGCCGCCCGUCGUAA